AUGGGGCUGGCGCCGCCGGAGCUGGGCCAGUUCGACGGGUGGGAGAGCUCGGGCGAGGAGGAGCGGGAGCGGUGGGGGUGGUGCCGCCGCAGCCGCAGCAGCGGCAGCGGCAGGCGCGGGAAGCGGCUGCCCAGCAAGGGCGGGGACGACGGCGGCGGCGUCGCCACCGGGUGCUGCAUCCGGCUGUGGCCGGCGGGGAGCUGCCCGCGCCCGCCGCGCUCCAAGGUCGACACCUCCACCAGCAGCGCCAGCACGCACGGCGCAGAAAAAUCAACAGAAAAUGGUAGCAGGAACCAACCAGUUGCAUCAGUAGUCUCAGGCUCGACAUCUACUAGUAAUGCCGAGAGCAGUUCAUCAGCAUCUAAAGCUGGAGAUGACAUAAAGGUUUCCUCCAAGUUGCGCAAGUUUGCAUUCAAUGACCUAAAAUGUGCCACACGGAACUUCAGACCCGAGAGUCUUCUUGGUGAAGGAGGUUUUGGGUGUGUGUUCAAAGGGUGGAUUGAAGAAAAUGGAACUGCACCUGUGAAACCUGGUACAGGUCUUACAGUUGCUGUCAAGACACUCAAUCAUGAUGGUCUUCAAGGGCACAAAGAAUGGGUGGCAGAAGUUGACUUUCUUGGUAAUCUUCACCACCCCAAUUUGGUCAGAUUGAUUGGAUAUUGUGUUGAAGAUGACCAAAGAUUGCUGGUAUAUGAAUUUAUGCCACGCGGAAGUUUGGAUAAUCAUCUAUUCAGAAGGUCUCUUCCUCUCCCAUGGUCCAUUAGAAUGAAGGUUGCUCUUGGGGUAGCACAGGGUCUUUCCUUCCUUCACGAAGAAGCAGAAAGACCAGUCAUUUAUCGCGAUUUUAAAACAUCUAAUAUACUGUUAGAUGCGGAAUACAAUGCAAAGCUCUCAGAUUUCGGGCUUGCUAAAGAUGGCCCUGUAGGUGACAAAACUCAUGUGUCUACUCGAGUAAUGGGAACCUAUGGGUAUGCAGCUCCAGAGUAUGUCAUGACAGGUCAUUUGACAUCAAAGAGUGAUGUCUACAGCUUCGGUGUGGUGCUGCUUGAGAUGAUGUCAGGGCGCCGAUCGAUGGACAAGAACCGCCCAAACGGCGAGCACAACCUUGUUGAGUGGGCACGCCCACUGCUAGGAGAGAGGCAGCGCUUCUACAAGCUAGUUGACCCUCGCUUGGAGGGCAACUUCUCAGUCAAAGGUGCCCAGAAGGCGGCACAGUUAGCACGUGCAUGUCUGAGCCGGGACCCCAAAGCCCGGCCACUGAUGAGCCAGGUGGUCGAAGCUCUCAAGCCACUGCUCAACCUCAAGGACAUGGCGAGCUCCUCCUACUUCUACCAAACGAUGCAGGCCGAGAGGAUGGCGCACUCGAGCAGCAUGAACGGCAGGAGCAGCCAUAGCCUCAAGGUGCACGGCUCGUUUGCGCGGGCGAACGGACAGCAGCCGAUGAGGAGCAUGUCCGAUGGCCCCCGCGCUUCCCCGUUCCGCUACUCGCCGAAGCCAAACAUGAAAUAGGUGGCUCGGCUUGUCGUGAACCUGCAUCUGUUCUUCCGAUGGAACUUGGGUUGGGGUUAGGGGCGGGUAAACGUUGUUGUGCGACCUGAAUUGAUCUGUCUGUCUGUCGUGUAGAUUUGACAUGUGAAGAAGGAUAUAGGUGAAAAGGGAGAUGUAGGUGAGGGGAUUUAACCCUUGUGGAUGCUUUGCGUUGAA